GUUUCCUAUAAAUACACCAUUGCUAAUGAUCCCGUGUCACGUCGUUUAUUCUCCUCGAUCCAGAAUGUUUUCAAUAUAUUUUAUUUUAGCGUUUCUUUUCAUUCAUACAGGCUGUGCUGCUGUCCUGGGCGAGGAUGGAGUCGUGUGGCCCAAGGAGUAUCAUUUGAAAGGCGAAAUAACUUUCAUGAGCGUAGGACUCCAGGAGCCGUUUGAAAUCUGGUAUAGUGCUGCAGAAAAUAAGUCGAGGAUUGAUUUUUACGAUGGCACCGUGAAGAGGUACGUCAUCGGGGAGGAGGAGGACGACGGUGAAGAAUAUAAGGUAUUUCCGGUGUUCAUUGACAAGGAGAUGAUCGUCAUGUGUGUGAGAGAACCAACAGACGGGGAGUCUAUGGACUUUUUAAUAGAUCCUAGUAAUUUUACAUAUUUCGACACAACGUCAUAUAAUGGAAAAACGGUUCAGGUGUGGAAGAGUAUUGAAGUGGAAUUAAACGAACAGAAAGUCGAAAAAGUGUUGUUUGUGUAUAAACAAGAUGGAUUUCAUGUGCCGAUAAGAGUUGAAGAAAUCAAACAUAAUCUAUGGACGGGUGCUUUAGAGGGACAUAAAAUUACCACCUUCUACGAUUACAGAAAACCGACAAAGGACGACUUCAAUGUCGCCUUAGUGACUGAAUGUGAAGACGCCACUGACUUUUACAAAGACCUGCGCGUGCUUCAUCCGAUGAUACCUUCCGAUGUGGAUAGGCUCUAUCACAGUUACACAAAGCAUCACAACAGAAACUACAAAGCUGAAGAGCAUAGUUUGCGUAAAUCAAUAUUAGAACAGAAUUGGCAGCGCGUCCUCCUUCACAACAAAAAAAACUUAGGCUUCAAGUUGACUCUCAACAAAUAUUCUGAUCGCACUAAGGAAGAACUAUCCUUCCUAACUGGCACGAGACCCUCAUUAGGGACAGGCACCGUCUCCUUUCCGCACACUGAUGAGGAAGUGGAACAGAUGGUGUUGGAUCUUCCUGAGAAUUAUGAUAUGAGGCUUGAAGGGACUAUUAGUGCAGUCAAGAAUCAGGGUCGCUGUGGCUCCUGCUGGACGUUCUCAACUGCAGCUGCUGUGGAGGGAGCGCUGGCCAGGAAGAACGGGGGACGAGACCUGGACCUGAGCGAGCAGUCCAUCGUGGAUUGUGCGUGGGGAUAUCAUAACGCUGGCUGUGACGGAGGCAUGAUAGACACGGCGUUUAAGUACAUCCUGGACUACGGCAUCCCGACUCAGAUAGAAUACGGAGAUUACUUAGGAGAAGAUGGCUACUGCCACAUCGAGAACGUCACUGACGUCUACAAUAUCAUUGGGUUCGUGCAAGUGCCGUCCAAGAGUGUGAAUGCUAUGAAAGUAGCCCUUUACAAGUACGGGCCGGUGUCCGUGGCUAUUAAUGCGAACAAGCUCUUGGUGGCCUAUGAAAGUGGCAUCUUCUUCGACCCUGAGUGUAACGAGGAUCACAUCAACCACGCCGUGACUGUAGUAGGUUAUGGUGUCCGCGAUGGUGCCACCUACUGGAUCGUGAAGAACUCCUGGGGAGAGGACUGGGGUCAGGACGGCUACCUGCUCAUCUCUGCUACCGACAAUAACUGUCAUAUACUAGAAUACGCCUACUAUCCUCUAGUCUGAUGAUUUCGUUAUCAAUGAAAAUGCCUUUUACGAUAAGACGAGCUGUUGAAAAUUGGAAUUGAUAAUAGAUUUAGAAAUUUGUAAAUAGCGUAAAUAAAUUCCUAACGUGCAUUCUG